GAUCGUGCCAUUUUUCACCCGAACACCUCUCCGAAGCGAAACACACGGCGAUAACGUCAAAGGUUUAUCGUUUCACGCGCUUAUUAUUUACUUGGUAUGAAUAUACUACGUGCUAGCCUCCCCUCCUCGUCUCAUUUUACUCGCACUCUUAGACCACAUUUCGCUCAACGUACCAUGUCCUCGCCAGCAGUUCUUGCCGCACGCGCUGCUCUUGCCAGCAUAGAUCUCACCAGCUAUGACCCUGAACAAUCGAGACUGAUGGAUGAGAAGUGCAUCUUGGUCGACGAGCAGGACAACGCCAUCGGCGCGAUGGAUAAGAAGACUUGCCAUCUCAUGGAAAAUAUCGACAAGGGUCUACUGCACCGAGCCUUCUCUGCAUUCGUCUUCCGUCCCUCCGAUGGCAAGCUUCUCCUACAGCAGCGUGCUUCGGAGAAGAUUACCUUUCCGGACAUGUGGACGAACACGUGCUGUUCACACCCACUAGAUGAUUUCGAAGAAGAAAAGAUCGAGGAGAACCAGCUCGGAGUGCGGAUCGCAGCUUCGAGAAAACUCGAGCAUGAGCUCGGUAUUCCGCAAAGCCAAACACCAAUCGACGAGUUCCAGUACUUGACGAAGAUUCAUUACCUCGCACCGUCGAACGGUAUGUGGGGUGAGCAUGAAGUCGACUACAUCUUGUUCAUGACGGCGGAUGUUACGGUGACGCCGAAUAAGAACGAGAUCCGGGACUACAGAUACGUGGACAAGGCUGAGCUACAGGCGAUGUUCAAUGAUUCAUCAAAUUCUUUUACACCUUGGUUCAAGCUGAUUGCUCGUGACUUUUUGUUUGGGUGGUGGGAUACUCUUGUAGAGCGGCAGGGCUUUGAUGGUCGUGUCUACGCCAAGACUCUAACAGGCGUAGUGGACGGUUCAAAGGUUGUCAAGAUGUGAUACGUGUUCUUACGGACGUCGGUAGAUGUAGUGCAAAAGCAAUUCUGUAUUCAAUAAUGGACUCUGGUUUACAAAUUCUAAACUGGCUAUGUAGCUAUUAGAGCAUAGAGACAAUUCGACUCUGCUACAUAAAUUCUGAUCUGACUAGACACAAAUUUGUUCAAGUUCUGUUUGCCAAGCACCAUACACAGUCAAGAGACUAUGAAGUAGUUACUGAGCAAAGAGAGACAAGAAAAAGGAAACCCCCGACGACGCAGGCCGGUAGUGCAGUGGCAAGGUCAUCAUGUCCCUCGAGUUGCAAGCAGAGCUCGAAGGAACAAGGGCGGCAAAAAUUUGAUAACCAAAGAAUGAGGGCGGUGCCCUCAUAAUAGUGGUUAAACUAUUAAGAACAGAUACUACACUUGAUCUAAGCCAAAAGGCCAGAGUGGUAAGGAUUCGAGUCGUUCACAGCUCCCUUUUAUAUCUUCUGAACCAGCGCACGGACCAAUUUUCAAUUUUAC